AUGGCCGCCAUGCUUGCUCAGAUGGGUCUCACCAGCACCCCCCACACCAACGGCAUCUACUCCGACAUGACCGUUGACGGCCCGGAGAUCGGCACCCUCGUUGCCGUCGUCGACCGCGCCAAGAACCUGCCCAACCGCAAGACCAUGGGCAAGCAGGACCCCUACUGCGCUGCCCGUCUCGGCAAGGAAGCGAAGAAGACGGAGACCGACAGGCGCGGCGGCCAGACGCCCAGAUGGGACCAGGAACUGCGCUUCACCGUGCGUGACUCGCCCGACUACUACCAGAUGAAGGUCUCCGUCUUCAACGACGACAAGAAGACGGAGCUGAUUGGCGAGACCUUCAUCCGCCUCGACGAGGUCAUCAUGCCCGGCGGCGGCCAGAGCGACACCUGGCACGGCCUGCUCUGCAAGGGCAAGUACGCCGGUGAAGUCAGACUCGAGCUCACCUAUUACGACACCCGCGACGUGCGCGUACCCAUGGAGCGUCCCCCCUCGGAGAAGAGACGAGAGCACGUGCCAGUCAAGCGCAGGCCACUCCCCACCGGUCCGGCACCCAUGUCCGAAUCGCCCAUAGUCGCUGCUGAGAUCCCACCGCCUUCGAAAACCACCCGCGCAUUCCACACCCCUCCCUACCAGCAGCAGACUUUGCGCCCCAGCCGAUCCACCGACAGUGCACACGUGCAGUCGGGCUUGCCCUUCUCGCCCGACGACUACGACGUCUUCCACCAGCCUAUGCAGCCCGACGACCUGUACGAACAGCAAUAUCCAGUCCAGCCUAUUGCUCCACCGCAGCAGACAUCCACCCAUGCACGCCAUCUGUCAAUGGUCCCGGCGCGGGGUCCACACCCGCUUGGACACGACUCGCGGGCUAGACCACUGAGCUGCAUGGAUGUGCCCCACUCCCACUCCGCUCCUGCUGUUCCCACUACCCACGCUUCUCCUGAAGCACUGCUCGACAGGCGGACCCAAUAUCCUCCUGAAAUCCCGCCCUUGAACGAUUAUCACCCGGAUUCGAGCAAUACCGAGCUUUUUCUCGAGCAAGAUCAGCAGAGCUACCCGGGAUAUGGAGCUGCUUAUCGCACCUCACGGAGCGCCAUGCAGCCCACCGUCGAGGACGAGGACGACGCAGCUCCGCCGCCCCCGCCUAUGCACAGGAGCAGUGCUCCAGCCAGCGUGCCUCAGGUCCCAGAGUACUCAGGCAUGACCCCGCCGCCGCUCAACGUUGGAGAGCGCCGGCACACUCAUUCCUACGCUCCUGGCUCUCCAGCUCUCCCUUCGUAUCCCAUCGAGGCCUCCGCCCACCCACCCAGCCGGGAUGAUCCCUUUGCCAUUCCCUCAGCGCUUAUGCCAGGUUCGGCUUCAGCAGACCCGCGCAUGUCUAUGCACCAGCACAGGAUGAGCGUCAGCGCCUACCCUCCUUCAGCCAGUGGGUAUGGAUCCCAACCGGCGUACCCUCCCACCACCUAUGGGACGCCCCCGAGGCAGCAGUUCCAACUGGAGUACCACACUUCACCUCGUGGAUCGCCUACAUCCCACCCCCAUUCCUACCACGGUACUCCACAGGACAGCGUUGCUCUCGUGAAGCCUCUUGCCGUGAGCCCUGUGUCAUCACAUUAUGACAUGCGCCAGUCGCGCAUGUCGAACCGCAGCACGCCUGCUGGCCGCAAGUCCGUGUCGCCUCGCCCACCGACGUCCGACAGUUCCAGGACGCCCUUUGGCCCUGACAGUUUCGAUUCGUACAACCCUCGUGCGAGUCCACGGCACCCUACCCAGUCCCGCGACAUGGACAUCAACGGUCGUGACGAGCACGGCAACAUCGUGACUCCUGAUGGUCGCAAGAUUGAUCCGUCAGAUCACCUCCCGAUCGAUUCGUGGGCUCCUGAACCAGAGCCGAAGGGCAAGGAUCGCGACAGGAAGCCGACCCGCGACCGCGAGCGCCUCAACGGUGCCCGUGAGAUUGGCAGUCGCUACUCGGAUCGCUCCAUCAGGGACGCUGUUGCAGGCUCCUUUGGCGGUGGCAUGGAAAACUCACCGCCUCCCACCGGUACUCGCCGGCUUCAGAAGCGCAACAUGCAGCCUCUGCGUGAGCGUGAAAACUUUGGCGGCUACGGCAGUUCCCCCGGCGCGUACGGACCGCCAAUUCCGGCCAAGGUCCCCAUGUACGACGGCAUGGGCGGCGGCGAGGAUAUGAACGCCUUGAGCGAAGAGCUGAAGGGCAUCGACAUCGGUGCUGCACCCCCGAGCUCGAGAGGCAAAUGGCGGAGGCGUGGCUGA